GGAUUGUCCCGUUCCAAGUGUGCUGGUCAGUGUUAUUGUAUACCGGUUGACAGCUGCAAGAAAACUAUUGCUUCGCAAUAUUGGUUAGCAGUAUCGACGCUGUCGUUUGUAGGUUGUCCGAUACGCUCCUGCGUGGCAAGAUUAUUCAGAUGUUCUGCGACGCUGCUGACUGUACCGACCACAUAGCGCUCCGAUAGCCCUGCACGUGUGACUCCGGAAAAGAAAAUGUCCUUUGCUUAUGCAUCUCUAGACAAUAACUGGAAGUUACGUGCCCAAAAUGAAGUACUGGAAGAUCCUGACAAAGUUGUGGACAAUAUUUCAGCUCUGAAGAACCUUCUUCGAGAUGUGCCAGAAUUGUACCCAAGGACUGAUGACACAUUUCUUCUUGCAUUUUUAAGGGCAAGGAAACAUGAUGUUAAUGAAGCAUUUACACUGCUGAAGAGAUUCUACGAAGUAAAGAAGAAUUAUCCAGUACACUUUGAAGAUUGUCUCCCAACAGAGAAAGGAUAUAUUUAUGAUAUAGAAGGACUGACUGUCCUAGAUCAAUGUGAUAAUGAUGAACGAAUUGUCAUUGUGUUAAGGGUUGAGAAAGCUGAUUUGAAGAAAGUGACAAUAGAAAACUUAUUUCAACAACUAUCAACAACACUUUCCUUUUUUCUUGAGGACCAACGUGUGCAGAUUUCUGGGAUAAGUAUUAUCAUGGAUCUAAAAGGAUUUGGAUUUAAGCAUCUGUUUGCUCUCACACCUUCAUCUGCACUGUUGUUAACAAGAUUAUUUCAGGAUUGUUUUCCCAUCAGGCUUAAAGGUAUCCAUGUGGUGAAUGAGCCUAUUUUUAUUGGUUCGCUAUUUUCUUUAUUCAAACCAUUCAUAAAGGAAAAACUGAGGAAACGUAUUCAUUUUCAUGGUACUAAUUUGUCCUCACUGCAUGCUUAUUUACCGUAUGAAAUUUUACCACGCCAGUUGGGAGGAAUGGUGCCUGACUUCAAUUUCACUACAUUCAGAAGGAUUUUUGAAGAAAAUGAAGAUGUAAUUAGAGGAUGGAGGAAGUUUGGUUACAACAAAACACUACAAAAUUAUAUCAUGAAGUAGUAAGGUUGAUACAUCGUUAAAACGCAACAGAUUCAGCGGAGUGCAGCUGGCCAGCUAGCAGGUGGGUGGCCAGUGGCGUGCAGCCGGCCGGCUGGCCCAUUAGAUGGGCAGGCGGCCGGGGAACAUUAUCACCACCAGCCGGGACUCUAAGCAUACCUACAAUAGCAAAAAAAGAAAUGUGAAUUAUCUUGUUUAAAAAUUUGUUAAUAUGGUAUGUGCAAUAAAAUAUUUUAGUCAAUACUGGUACAUUUCCUCUCUUACCACUCUAUUCAAAUUGUUCAAAUGGCUCUGAGCACUAUGGGACUUAACAUCUGAGGUCAUCAGUCCCCUAGAACUUAGAACUAAUUAAACCUAACUAACCUAAGGACAUCACACACAUCCAUGCCCGAGGCAGGAUUCGAACCUGUGACCAUAUCAGUCGCGUGGCCGGCCCACUCUAUUCAUCACUUUCACUGUCAUCACUAGCGGGAGAAUCAUUGUCGUCUUCACCAUCUUCCCAUAGAGCGUCGUCCUCUGUUCCAUCCCGUGAAUUUGUGAUUCCACAUUUUUUGAAGGAUUUUUCCACCAGUGGUUGCGGAAUGGAGUACCAUGCACUUUUCACCCAUUCACAAAUCUGGGACAAAUCCGGCCAUUGGAUUUUUCCACUAGAUGUGAACUUAUGGUUUCCAUCAGCCAUCCAUUGUGUAUAUUGCUGUUUAAGUGCAGCUUUGAAUGGCCAAUUUAUACACAUAUCUAGUGAUUGUAGGAUGGAUGUUAGACCUCCAGGGAUAAUGACCAAGUCAGUUUUCCCUUUUUGUAAUUUGUCUCGCACUUCCUUAGUUGUAUGUCCGCGGAAGCUGUCCAGGACCAACAUGUUGCUUAAAUUCAGUAACGCACCAGGAUGAUGUUGCCAAACAUGUGUCACUCAGUAAAUUAUAAGUUCAUUGUCCAUCCACCCUUUCGGAUUCGGUCUCACUAAUACUGGUAUGCCUUUUACUGAUAUUUUCAGAAUAGUUUUCCUUUUAAAUAUCACGUAAAGUGGUAGCUUUCGUCCAUCACCAGUUAGUUUCUUGAAGCUGCAUUUUAUUUUUUCGCCAGUCAUGAAUACAACUCUCACUCAUGUCAUACUUUCUUCCUGCUACACAGUCUCCAAUAUUCUUGGUUUCUUCAAUAAUUUUCACUUUUUCUUUAGCAGUGUACAAGUGAUAACGAGAACUUGUAGCCAUAAUUAACAAGUUUGAAGACGUUAAUACUUCACUCCUAAUGUGCUACUGAUGCGUCACAGCCUGAGGCUGCAAACAAUGCAAUAGUAUAAUGGGAUGUAUUGUUGGAGUUGGAGCAGUACCAUCAAUGUUUCGAAUAAUCUGCUCACCCCAGUUUUUCGCCCUAAAAUUUGGGAAAAAACUUGUGCGGAUUAUUCGAGUAUAUACGGUAAUUCCCAGCACAGCCUCCUCUGCAGCUAUUUCUAAGGUAUUUGCAUUUCAGUGUUACUGUUAUAAUUGGACGAAUAAUUAAAGCAUAUAGGACAACAUGACUAUUUAUGGGACAAUGUUACUUGUGGUGAAAGACGCUUGUGUGGUCAUAAGGGAAUCACUUACUGCACUUUAUUUCCCAAUGCCACCUGAUUGCUGAGCUAAAAUAAACUGCGAGUAAAAUGGAUGUGGAAUUGGGCUUCAAAAACUGCCUACGGCCUAUAUACACAAAUGCAAACUUAUCUAAGUUUUUAAAAAUUCUGCCAGUUGAUACCAAUUAAAAAUUUGAAUCAUGGUUGUUGGGUGCUAUGGCAAACUAUCUGAUGGAGGUAUGUUCAGAGAAUGAAUGUUGUAAAGAAAACUUGUGAAUAUAGAAUGUUCAUUAUUGUCAGGAAAUGUAUGUUGAGCUACUGUUUGUCAUUUCUUAGAGAACUUU